CACCCCCCCUCUUCCCGUGCACGCGCUCGGAGUCCGGAACUCUCGCGAGAGAAGCGAGAUUUAUUCCUACGUACCGGGCCGUGCUGCUUAUGGCGGCGCUGGAGAGGGGGCGCUGAGCUGUUGGGUAUGAAGUGUAACAGAACAGACUUUACCACCUGAAACUGCUGCUUCAAGUUCAGAUCAGCCAAGGAACAAACCUCGUAACAACCAACAAGACCAAAGAAGAGUUACACUUAAGUUGAAGACACAACACUUGAUCUGAAACAAGAAGUUUGUGCCUACUCAACAGCUUUGAAAGAGCACUUCCCAACGCUGCUAGUAGUCUUUGUUUUCUUCAGUGCUGUACUGUGAGAUUGCCCGGUGCAGCAGCAGUUGUAUUCUUUAUUAGCUUGGUAGAUCAUUUUCUCUCGCUCUUUUUUUUUUUAAUACUAGCAACUUUCAUCCUUUGAAACGUGUGCUGAAAAAGAAGAAUCAGCAAAUACUACUGAAAGUGCAAUAUUUGGUUAUCACUGCGAGAUGAGCUUUGAUCCAAACCUUCUCCACAACAAUGGACACAAUGGGUACCCCAAUGGUACUUCAGCAGCACUGCGUGAAACUGGGGUUAUUGAAAAACUGUUAACCUCUUAUGGAUUUAUUCAGUGUUCAGAACGUCAAGCUAGACUUUUCUUCCACUGUUCACAGUAUAAUGGCAACCUGCAGGAGUUAAAAGUAGGAGAUGAUGUUGAAUUCGAAGUAUCAUCUGACCGGCGGACUGGGAAACCGAUUGCUGUUAAACUGGUGAAGAUAAAACCAGAAAUUCUCCCUGAAGAACGAAUGAAUGGACAAGUUGUGUGCGCUGUUCCUCACAACUUAGAGAGUAAAUCUCCAGCUGCCCUGGGUCAGAGUCCAACAGGGAGUGUAUGCUACGAACGUAAUGGGGAAGUGUUUUAUCUGACUUACACCCCUGAAGAUGUCGAAGGGAACGUUCAGCUGGAAACCGGAGAUAAAAUAAACUUUGUAAUUGAUAACAAUAAACAUACUGGUGCUGUAAGUGCUCGUAAUAUUAUGCUGUUGAAAAAGAAACAAGCCCGCUAUCAGGGAGUAGUUUGUGCCAUGAAGGAGGCAUUUGGCUUUAUUGAAAGAGGUGAUGUUGUAAAAGAGAUAUUCUUUCACUAUAGUGAAUUUAAGGGUGACCUAGAAACCUUACAGCCUGGAGAUGACGUGGAAUUCACAAUCAAGGACAGAAAUGGUAAAGAAGUUGCAACAGAUGUCAGACUAUUGCCUCAAGGAACCGUCAUUUUUGAAGAUAUCAGCAUUGAACAUUUUGAAGGAAUUGUAACCAAAGUUAUCCCAAAAGUACCCAGUAAAAACCAGAAUGACCCACUGCCAGGACGCAUCAAAGUUGACUUUGUGAUUCCUAAAGAACUUCCCUUUGGAGACAAAGAUACAAAAUCCAAGGUGACUUUGCUGGAAGGUGACCAUGUUAGGUUUAAUAUUUCAACAGACCGACGUGACAAAUUAGAACGAGCAACCAAUAUAGAAGUUCUAUCAAAUACAUUUCAGUUCACUAAUGAAGCCAGAGAAAUGGGUGUGAUUGCUGCCAUGAGAGAUGGUUUUGGUUUCAUCAAGUGUGUGGAUCGUGAUGCUCGUAUGUUCUUCCACUUCAGUGAAAUUCUGGAUGGGAACCAGCUCCAUAUUGCAGAUGAAGUAGAGUUUACUGUGGUUCCUGAUAUGCUCUCUGCCCAAAGAAAUCAUGCUAUUAGGAUUAAAAAACUUCCCAAGGGCACGGUUUCAUUCCAUUCCCAUUCAGAUCAUCGUUUUCUGGGCACUGUAGAAAAAGAAGCCACUUUUUCCAAUCCUAAAACCACUAGCCCAAAUAAAGGCAAAGAGAAGGAGGCAGAGGAUGGCAUUAUUGCUUAUGAUGAUUGUGGGGUGAAACUGACUAUUGCUUUUCAAGCCAAGGAUGUGGAAGGAUCUACUUCUCCUCAAAUAGGAGAUAAGGUUGAAUUUAGUAUUAGUGACAAACAGAGGCCUGGACAGCAGAUUGCAACUUGUGUACGACUUUUAGGUCGUAAUUCCAACUCCAAGAGGCUCUUGGGUUAUGUGGCAACUCUGAAGGAUAAUUUUGGAUUUAUUGAAACAGCCAAUCAUGAUAAGGAAAUCUUUUUCCAUUACAGUGAGUUCUCUGGUGAUGUCGAUAGCCUGGAACUGGGGGACAUGGUCGAGUACAGCUUGUCCAAAGGCAAAGGCAACAAAGUCAGUGCAGAAAAAGUGAACAAAACACACUCAGUGAAUGGCAUUACUGAGGAAGCUGAUCCCACCAUCUACUCUGGCAAAGUCAUUCGUCCCCUAAGGAGUGUUGAUCCAACACAGACUGAGUACCAAGGAAUGAUUGAGAUUGUGGAGGAGGGGGAUAUGAAAGGUGAGGUCUAUCCAUUUGGCAUAGUUGGGAUGGCCAACAAAGGCGAUUGCUUGCAGAAAGGGGAGAGUGUCAAGUUCCAAUUGUGUGUCCUGGGCCAAAAUGCACAGACUAUGGCCUAUAACAUCACACCCCUGCGUAGGGCCACAGUGGAGUGUGUGAAAGAUCAGUUUGGCUUCAUUAACUAUGAAGUAGGAGAUAGCAAGAAGCUCUUUUUCCAUGUGAAAGAAGUUCAGGAUGGCAUUGAGCUACAGGCAGGAGAUGAGGUGGAGUUCUCAGUGAUUCUUAAUCAGCGCACUGGCAAGUGCAGCGCAUGUAAUGUUUGGCGAGUCUGCGAAGGCCCCAAAGCUGUUGCAGCUCCUAGACCUGAUAGGUUGGUCAAUCGCUUGAAGAACAUUACCCUGGAUGAUGCCAGUGCUCCUCGCCUAAUGGUUCUUCGUCAGCCAAGGGGACCAGAUAACUCAAUGGGAUUUGGUGCAGAAAGAAAGAUCCGUCAAGCUGGUGUCAUUGACUAACCACAUCCACAAAGCACAUCAUUAAUCCACUAUGAUCAAGUUGGGGGGAUUCUGGUGAAGGGUUCUGAAUAUCUCCCUCUUCAUCCCUCCCCAAAUCUGGAAUACUUAUUCUAUUGAGCUAUUACACCAGUUUUAACACCUUCCUCGUGUUAUGUUUAAAAAAAAUAAAUAAAUUUAAGAAAACCAUUUUAAAAUUAUGCACAGUUGCAGCCUGGAAAACUUAAGGUGGCGCCUUAUAGUAUCAAUUUUAGGAGCUUUAUUUGGUGCAUUUAACGCAACUGGUAAUUGCAAAAUCCACUUCGCCUGUGUAAGUGAAAAAUAUAGACUGUUAUCUUGUUGGCCCUAUGAAAUUCUGCACUUGAUAUUUAGUAUAUACUCUACCUUCAUUAAUUACUUCUGGCAAGAUGUUCUGCCUUAGCACUCAGUUGCAUUCUUUCCCUUUUCUUUCCUGUUCAUUAUGCUUUAAUUCUGAGGACCAUAUGAGGGUAGACUAUAUUACCUUUUAAAAAUUACAAAAAUUUGUAUAGGUGAACCAUUUUCUUAAAGUUGAUGGCCAAAUGUUAAAAUGUUAUUUUUCAUACCAUUUAUAAUCUUGUCACAAUCCACUUAACAAAGUUUGCUUAGAUUUCAGUGAAAAUUAUCUUCCAGAGUAGUGGGGUUUUUUUUUUUGUUUUUUUUUUCCUGCCUGGGAUGGGGGGUAACUUUACUACAAUUAGUAUGUAUGGUGCAGAAUUUCAUGCAAAAGAGGUUUGCCAGCAGUGUGACAAUUUAAACGUAUUUAAACAAAAACAAAAAAAAUGAAUGCACAAACUUGCUGCUGCUUAGAUCACUGCAGCUUCUAGGACCCAGUUUCUUUUACUGAUUUAAAAACAAAACGAAAAAAAAAAAUAAAAAAGUUGUGCCUGAAAUGAAUCUUGUUUUUUUUAUAAGUAGCCGCCUGGUUCCUGUGUCCUGUAAAAUACAGACACUUGACCCUUGGUGUAGCUUCUGUUCGACUUUAUAUCACGGGAACGGAUGGGUCUGAUUUCUUGGCCCUUAUCUUGAAUUGGCCAUAUACAGGGUCCCUGGCCAGUGGACUGAAUGAAGGCUUUGUCUAAGAUGACAAGGGUCAGCUCAGGGGAUGUGGGGGAGGGCGCUUUUAUCUUCCCCCUUGUCGUUUGAGGUUUUGAUCUCUGGGUAAAGAGGCCAUUUAUCUUUGUAAACACAAAACGGUUUUGCUUUCUCCAGUUUUCUGUUAAUGGCGAAAGAAUGGAAGCAAAUAAAGUUUUACUGAUUUUUGAGACACUA